AUUCAUUGAAAAGAAUCGGUUUAGAUUAACUCGAUUCACUCGCGCGUGCAAUGUAUUCCCUCAGCAUGGUUGUGGUUCGAGCCGGUUUCUGCAGAGUUUUCCGCUGCAGCUCCAGAGUCAGGAUGACCCUUCUGAACGAAUUGGAAGUUUCAUCCAGGAACUGUUCAAACUCUGCUGACAACAGGAACGAUCUGAGAUGGGAUCUGAGCCCAGAGCAGAUCAAACACAGGACGGAGAGGCUGAUCCAGCGGAUAAAGCAAGCCUACGACUCGGUUGGUUCGGUGGAGAUUGGUAAAGUGUGUGCUGACAACACUCUGCAAAUCCUGGCAGAUGCUAAACUGGAUUACGCUGCUUCCCGCCAUGUGCUGGACUUCCCGCAGUACGUGUCCCCGUGCAAAGAGGUGCGAUCUGCAAGCACUGAGGCUGACAAGCGCCUGUCGGAGUUUGAUGUGGAGAUGAGCAUGAGAGCAGACGUGUUCCAGAGGCUUGUAGCCCUGCAGGAAAGACAACCCAACAGUUUAUCUCCAGAGUCUAAAAGAUUAAUGGAGAGAUGGAUCAAACUCGGGAGACGGAAUGGGCUGCACCUGUCUGCACAAGUACAAGAAGAGAUCAAAAAUCUCUCUAAGCAAAUAAGUGAACUUUCCAUUGAUUUUAAUCAAAACAUUAAUGAAGAGAAUACUGUUCUGAUCUUCUCUCCAGAGGAGUUGGGUGGUCUUGCGGAGAGCUAUAUGAACGGUCUGGAGAAGACAGAGGAUGGGUGCUACAAGGUUAGCCUGGCUUACCCUCACUAUUUCCCUCUGAUGAAGAGAUGUCAUGUUCCAGACACCAGAAGAAAGAUGGAGAAGGCUUUUCACAGCAGGUGUAAAGAGGUGAACACGGAAAUACUUGAACAGCUGAUUGAGCUGCGGGCGAAGGUGGCUAUACUUCUUGGUUUCACCAACCAUGCUAACUACGUGCUGGAGAUGAACAUGGCCAAGAACACCAAGAAUGUGGCUUGUUUCCUUGAUGAGCUCCUUGAGAAGCUGAAGCCGGUGGGCGUGAAGGAGAGGCAGUACCUGCUGUCACUCAAACAGGCAGAGUGUCACAGGCGAGGGCUGGAGUUCGAUGGUCAGCUGAACGCGUGGGAUUUGCCGUAUUUCAUGAACCAGGUGGAGCAGGUGAAGUUCUCGGUGAAUAAGGACAAGCUGCUGGAGUACUUCCCUCUGGAGGUGGUGACGCAGGGCCUGCUGGGAAUCUACCAGGACCUGCUGGGGCUCAGGUUCAAGCAGGUCCAGAAUCCACAUGUGUGGCACGAGAGCGUGAAGCUCUACACCGUCCACGACUCCACAACCGGGGAGGAAAUCGGACAGUUUUAUCUGGACUUACAUCCCAGGGAGGGGAAAUAUGGCCAUGCUGCAUGCUUCGGACUCCAGCCAGGCUGUCUCGGGCCUGAUGGGACACGUAGGAUCCCAGUGGCGGCCAUGGUGGCCAACUUCACCAAACCGACACGUAACUGGCCCUCUCUACUCCAGCACCAUGAAGUGGAGACCUUCUUCCAUGAGUUCGGCCACGUUAUGCAUGAGCUGUGCUCCAAGACUCGCUACGCAGAGUUCAGCGGCACGCUGGUGGAGACGGAUUUCGUGGAGGUGCCGUCUCAGAUGCUGGAGAACUGGGUGUGGGAGAAAGAGCCGCUGAGGAGGAUGUCCCAACACUACAAGGACGGCAGCCCCAUCCCCGACGACCUGCUGAAUAAACUCAUCACCUCCAGAGUGGCCAACACUGGUCUGAUGAACCUCAGGCAGAUCGUUCUGGGUAAAGUGGAUCAAGUGCUCCACACUAAGGCCUCUGCAGACACUGCAGCUGAGUUCGCCAAACACUGCAAGGAAAUCUUGGGCAUUCCAGCCACAGCAGGGACGAACAUGACGGCGAGUUUCAGUCAUCUGGCCGGGGGAUAUGAUGGACAGUACUACAGCUACCUGUGGAGUGAAGUCUACUCUAUGGACAUUUUCUUCAGCCGCUUCAAAAAGGAGGGAAUCAUGAACCCAAAGGUGGGGAAAGAGUACAGGAGAGUGAUUCUGGAGGCUGGAGGCUCAGUGGACGGGAUGGAGAUGCUGAGAGUGUUUUUGGGUCGAGAGCCGUGUCAGGAUGCUUUCUUCCAAUGUAAAGGACUGGCCCAGAUCCAAAACGGACGGAACUGUUGAAUUAACUGCUCAUUACAGUAUUAAUGGGAAAAUAGCUGUUUUUUCAUCUUUCUAAAUGUACCACAAUCUGUUAUUUAUAUGUACGCAUAUUUAUAUGUUUUAGAGACUGCAGAAUUUGUUGUUCUUACAACUUCAGAGAGUUUGUAUAUUAAACAUCUGUAGAGAUUGUUCAAUUUGUGUUCAAAUAAUCUUUUGUAUCAUUAAUAAAUUACUUGAUCAUGUAA